AUGUCACCUAUUAUUGUGUUACUGUUAGUGGGAGUACCUGUGGUACUCUCACAAUCUUUUAACCAGACACAUCUCGGAUUUCCCGAAGCUUGGGAUGGAGAUAAGUAUCGAGAAUUGUAUUGUCCCAGCAAGAACAUCCCAAAAUGGCUUGAUGGUUAUUUCUUGUGUCAACUUUCUGCAUCCUACGGGAAAUCUUCUGCACCAGAAGGAGAAAAGCUCAACCACAUGAUUGACGCAAUCGGAGCUGUUGGAUCAUUCCACGUUAGCAAUGGACAAGUCGUAUUCUCUGCUCAAUACUACCCAGCUCGUCCAUACAAAAUCUGGGAGUUCUACGACCGCAACAUGACAAAAGCCAGCGUACCAUGGGCUGGGUGGUCCGACUAUAAUCUGACUGCUAUGUCCCGAUGGGAGCAAGUGCCAGCUAAUCCAGACUCGGCGAGAUUCCAUCCAAAUCUUGAUUUCUGGAAGGUCGGAAAUAGAAUCAUUGCUGGAACCGAGGCGCCAUAUUGGGUUGGAUAUGAGUUUGAUGUCCGCACACUUCAAAAAUUCAAGCUGUUCCCAUUCAAAGAGGAAAAUGAUAUUUUCUCAACACCAAGACACACAAUGAUUCCGAUUUCAAUGGCUAUUCAUGAGCGUAAUGAUGCUGAUGGCACCAUUUGGGGAUCUUUCUCUGCAAUGAACUUCGAGGAACAACGAUUCUUCCAAGGAAUCUUCACUGUCGACACCAACGGAGUUCGUCGUGUCGUGGGACUUUACGAUUAUGGAGUUUGGGAUACCAAUGCAUGUGGAAGCAAUGACGAAUACAUUGGAGAUAAGACACUACUUCCUGGAUAUAUUCAUUCAAUUACUUCAACUGAGAACUUUAUCAUUCUCCCAAUCACUUCUCUUUUGAUUAACCCGUGUAAAUUCAAAGAACCACCACUCAACAAUGUUAGAUCUGCCAUCCAGAAGGGAGGACUUUGGGGAAUGGACUUUUAUGAUAUGGUUCCAAUGAGAUUCCUCAUCUUUAACAAGAAGACUCUGGAAUUUACCACCUCCAAACCAUUGGAAGUGUUCCCAUCCAUGUUUGUCACUCAUCAAUUGAACGCGUUUGAAGCUGAUGAUGGAAACUUGGUUGCCGAUAUGGUUGUUUAUGAUUCCCAUGAUCCAUACGUCAAGUACUUCUACACUGAUUUCCUCACCAAGCAACUCUACCCUAGCACCGCUCGUGUUCUUAGAUUCACUUUGGAUAGCAAGAAACAACGUGUCAUGUACAACUACUUGGUGCCACAGGAGACAAUCGCCGCCGAUUUUCCACAAUUCAAUCAUGGAUAUGAACAGAAAGCCUAUCAAUGGGGAUAUUUGGUUCAGCAUCCAUUUGCUUCUGGAAACAGCAUUCUCAAAAUCAAUGUUGACGAGCCAGCUGGUAACCGUAACUUGGAAUUCCGUGCCGAGCCUACUCUGGUGCUCCAUGAACCGUGGUUCGUUCAGAAGCCAGAUACCAAAAAAGAAGACGAAGGAGUUCUUCUUGUUCGUGGUUUGGAUACUGCUGAGAACAAAGGAGUUCUUAUUGUGAUCGAUGCUGAGAAGAUGGUUGAGCUUGGUAGAGCCUAUGUUCCAAUUUCUAUUCCAUUCGGAUUCCAUAACAGUUGUCACAAACUAUUUUAUUUCAGAUUCUUCUCCAAGAAGGAUCUCGGUCUUCCAGAAGGAUUCCAGGUUGGUCAAAGCCAAUACAGACCAAUUGAGAAAAAGCAGGGAUUUGCUACUCUUCCAUUGAGAAAAGUGACAACUAUCCCACCAACUUCUGCUCCAACCACUACAACAAGUAGUACAACUACCACUGAGGCUCCAACGACAACCACAACCACCACAACUCCGAAACCAACAACAACCACUUCUACAACGACUACCACAACUACACCAAAACCAACCACCAUCACGUCAACGACUACAACGACAACCACGACUUCUACAACCACCACCACAGGUCCAACCACUACAACAUCCGAAAAACCAGUUACCAUGACUACCCAAACCUGGACCGCACCACCAACCACUACUGUUAAGAGAACUACUCCUCAAACAGUAGCCACCACAACUCCAAAGAUUCCACGUUGGUGGCCAUUAGCUGGGUCUGGAAGCACUGAACAACCAUGGUGGCAGAAAGUUCAAACCGGUGUAAACACGCUCCCACCUCUUUUUCCAGUUUCCAAGAGGGUUGAGGAGAAGGUAGAGAAAGUUUCGGCAAAACCCAACGAGAGCGACAACAAAAUUCCCGAGCAGAAACCAGUGGUUGCCACCGGAUCCAUGGACGAAAUUUACGAGCAGACACUUGGUGCGCUGUGCUCGUGGCUCCCCAAAGUUUUCACUUCGAUUUCGAACGAGUUGUGUUGGAAGCAGGGAAAAACGGCAGCCAAGUGGAUGGCUCCGCUGGCCCAAACCUAUGCCGAACGAUUCCGAAUGGGCCGUGCCAACCGAAAAGUCUCACCAAACGACACACCAAAUCUUCAGCCAUCUUUGAAACAAAUGGCAUUCGAUGAGCAGCAACAGCAGCAAGCCGAGCCUAUCCGAUUCGGUUAA